AUGGAGGGGUCUUACACCUACAUUGUCAAUGAAACAGUAUCGAUCUGGAGAGUCUGUGCCAAAGUAUCCCUGCAGCCUCACAAGGGGCGAUUCUCUCCAAUGUCCACUGGAGAGAACCAAACUUCAGUGGCCUGGUUCAUCCUGUUGGGCCUCACUGACCAGGAAGACCUGAAGGGGACUCUAUUUGGGGUCUUCCUGAUGAUCUACACCGUGACUUUGGUGGGCAAUUUAGGCAUAGCAGCCCUUGUCUAUGCCGACCCGCAGCUCCACACCCCCAUGUACUUCUUCCUCGGGGUCCUCUCCUUCCUCGAUUUCUCCUACUCCACCGUGGACACCCCCAAGCUGCUCAUCAGCUUCCUCACCACAGAUGGGUCCAUCUCCUUUGGGGCCUGCAUCACCCAGAUGGCCUUGAUGACCCUGCACGCGACGGGGGAGUGCCUCCUCCUGACCGUCAUGGGCUACGACCGAUUCGUGGCCAUCUGCCACCCUCUCCUCUACCACGCCAUCAUGUCCAGACGCUGGUGUGGCCAGCUGGUGGGGGCCAUCGUGGCCGCCAGCGUAGCCAAUGCGGCCGCCCAGACUGGGAACGUCUUUAGACUGCCUUACUGCGGUCCAAACGUCAUCGACCACUACUUCUGCGACCUCCCCACCGUGCUCCACCUGGCGGUCUCCUACGCCUGGGUCCUAGCGUCCGUCUACAAGACACGCUCCCCGGAGGCUCGGUGCAAGGCGCUUUCCACCUGCACCUCCCACCUCACCGCCAUUUCCCUCUUCUACGGCACCGUGAUCUUCAUGUACGUUCAGCCGAGCUCCGACGGUUCCGUGGAUCGAAACAAGGUCAUUUCGGUGUUCUACACCAUUGUCAUCCCCCUGUUGAACCCCUUGAUCUACAGCCUGAGGAACAGAGAAGUGAAGGCAGCCCUGAGGAGAAGGUUCUUUAGUAAACUCAAUCUCUGA